UAAAAGCUUAUUGAGCUUUAAGCUUUAUGAAGCCAAAAAGUGCUUAGGAAGAUUCGAUGAAAAAGUUAAGAGCCUUUAGUUUUAAAUGUUUACAUGUCAUGUGUUAAAGAAUAAUAUUUAGAUUACGGAAUGUAAAGACGCCACAUAAGCCAUAUCAAAAAAUGACUCGAAAAAAACGGGAAAACAUAAUAAAGAAAUAUAUAAUAGACCAAAGUACCCUCAAAAGGGUAUGUUUUUCAUACAUAAUGUUUUCGAUAGUCAUAAUUGCAAAUGCUUUGCCUCCAGUAAUACGCGUAGGUGCCAUAUUUACUGAGGAUGAGCGUGAAAGCAGUAUCGAAUCAGCAUUUAAAUACGCGAUAUACCGCAUCAACAAGGAAAAAACUCUUCUUCCCAAUACACAACUUGUGUACGAUAUUGAGUAUGUGCCUCGAGAUGACUCUUUUCGCACCACCAAAAAGGUUUGCCGGCAGUUGGAAGCAGGAGUUCAAGCAAUUUUUGGUCCAACUGACACUCUUCUUGCUGGUCAUGUACAAUCUAUCUGCGAAGCUUAUGAUAUACCCCACAUUGAAGUUCGAAUUGAUCUGGAAUAUAAUUCUAAAGAAUUUUCCAUCAACUUGUAUCCAUCGCACACUCUAUUAACUCUAGCAUAUAGAGAUAUAAUGGUCUACUUAAACUGGACAAAGGUUGCAAUUAUUUAUGAGGAAGACUAUGGACUGUUUAACUUGAUGCACUCAUCAACAGAGACGAAAGCGGAAAUGUAUAUAAGGCAAGCCAGUCCGGAAUCCUAUCGUCAAGUCCUACGAGCAAUCCGCCAAAAGGAAAUAUACAAAAUAAUAGUGGAUACAAGUCCAUCUCACAUAAAAACUUUUUUUAGAUCCAUUUUGCAACUGCAAAUGAAUGAUCACAGAUAUCACUAUAUGUUUACAACAUUCGACUUGGAAACAUAUGACUUAGAGGAUUUCAGAUAUAACAGUGUAAAUAUAACUGCAUUUCGAUUGGUUGAUGUCGAUAGCAAAAGAUAUCUUGAAGUUAUAGAUCAAAUGCAAAAACUUCAACACAAUCGUUUGGAAAACGUAAACGGAAUACCUUAUAUACAGACAGAGUCUGCUUUAAUGUUUGAUUCGGUAUACGCGUUUGCGUAUGGGUUACACUUUUUAAGUUUAGAUAAUCGUCCAAAUUUUUCAAUAAAAAACCUUUCCUGCACCUCUGACCGAACAUGGGAUGAUGGAAUUUCGUUGUAUAACCAAAUAAAUGCAGCAAUUACAGACGGUUUGACUGGCAAUGUCAAUUUUGUGGAAGGUCGCCGAAACAAGUUUAAACUGGACAUUUUAAAAUUAAAGCAAGAAAAAAUUCAAAAGGUUGGAUACUGGCAGCCCGAUGGUGGUGUGAACAUUUCGGACCCAACGGCUUUCUAUGAUUCCAACAUCGCAAAUAUAACAUUGGUCGUUAUGACUAGAGAGGAGCGACCAUAUGUUAUGGUCAAGGAGGAUAAAAAUCUUACAGGAAAUAUUAGAUUUGAAGGAUUUUGUAUUGAUCUUCUCAAAGCGAUCGCUCAACAAGUUGGAUUUCAAUACAAAAUCGAGUUAGUUCCCGAUAAUAUGUACGGUGUUUUCAUACCAGAGACUAAUUCAUGGAAUGGAAUUGUGCAAGAGUUAAUGGAAAGGCGUGCCGAUCUAGCUGUAGCUUCAAUGACAAUUAACUACGCUCGGGAGAGUGUUAUUGAUUUUACAAAACCAUUUAUGAAUUUGGGCAUUGGUAUAUUAUUUAAGGUGCCGACAAGUCAACCCACUCGACUCUUCUCCUUUAUGAACCCUUUGGCAAUCGAGAUAUGGCUUUAUGUGCUAGCUGCUUAUAUAUUAGUAUCCUUCGCGCUCUUUGUGAUGGCUCGAUUUUCUCCAUAUGAGUGGAAAAACCCUCAUCCGUGCUACAAGGAAACUGAUAUAGUGGAAAAUCAGUUUUCUAUAUCAAACAGUUUUUGGUUUAUAACAGGAACAUUCUUACGCCAAGGAUCUGGACUUAAUCCGAAGAUUUCAGAUCGAGCUCAAACGAAAUUUUUUGCGUUUUUAUCACCACUUGCCAUUGAAAUUUGGUUUUAUAUUGCAUUUGGAUAUAUUUUUGUAUCAAUUUGCAUUUGGAUUGUUGCUCGAUUAUCACCGAUCGAAUGGGUUAAUUCAAAGCCACCCUGUUCAAUGGCUUGUGACCAUAUAUUGCGCGAAAUUCACAAAGAAAAUUGCCUUGAUGAACAAUUGGAAUUAAUAAACAGAAAAAAAAUGUCAGAAGAUGAUGAAGAAGUAUAUUUAAACACAGACCGCAAAAUAAACAAAUCCAAUAAUUAUGUUGAACAUGGUGAUACUAUUUGUGGACAUGAUUUACGUUUACCGCCAUCUAAUGAUGUUGAUGAAGAGGCAUCGGAAGAUAAUACAGUGGAUUUAGUUCGAAUACAAAACAAUUUCACUUUAAAAAAUAGUUUUUGGUUUGCCAUUGGCGCUCUUAUGCAACAAGGUUCUGACUUAUAUCCUAGGGCUACCUCAACGCGUAUUGUUGGUGGAUGCUGGUUCUUUUUUUGCCUAAUAAUUAUCUCAUCAUACACUGCCAACUUAGCUGCUUUUUUAACUGUUGAACGGAUGAUAUCGCCUAUAGAAAGCGCUUCUGACUUGGCAGAUCAAACGGAAAUAUCAUAUGGUACUUUGGAAGGUGGAUCAACAAUGACAUUUUUUAGGGACUCUAAAAUUGGCAUUUAUCAAAAAAUGUGGCGUUAUAUGGAGAAUCGUAAAGCUGCGGUUUUUGUUAAGACAUACGAAGAUGGAAUUAAACGCGUAAUGGAAGGAAGCUACGCAUUUUUAAUGGAAUCUACAAUGCUGGACUACGCUGUUCAACGUGAUUGUAAUCUAACGCAAAUAGGAGGCUUGCUGGACUCUAAGGGUUAUGGUAUCGCGACACCAAAGGGUUCUCCCUGGAGAGAUAAAAUUUCACUUGCUAUUUUGGAGCUACAAGAAAAAGGCAUUAUUCAAAUAUUAUAUGAUAAAUGGUGGAAAAACACGGGUGAUGUUUGCAACAGGGAUGAUAAAAGCAAGGAGUCGAAAGCCAAUGCACUUGGAGUAGAAAAUAUUGGUGGCGUAUUUGUUGUUCUUCUCUGUGGACUUGCUCUUGCUGUUGUUGUGGCCAUAUUCGAGUUUUGUUGGAAUUCCAGAAAAAAUUUGAACACCGAAAAUCAAUCACUGUGCUCAGAAAUGGCUCAAGAGCUUCGAUUUGCUAUGCACUGCCAUGGAUCAAAAUCAAAACAUAGACCACGAAAACGGAAUUGCAUAAAAUGCUCUUCUGGACCAACAUACGUUCCGAGUAAUAUGAGUAUGCCAAAUGUGGGCGUACACUAUAAUUAUUUUAAUUAAAUUUGAUACUGCUGAUAAACAAAUAGGGAAAAAAAUGUUUUUGAUUU